AACUUACACAGCCCUCCUCUCCUUGAAAGUAUUUAAAGUCAGCUGGAUCCUGGUUUGGUCUCAUCAAAAAGAUAUAGGAGACAAGAAGAUACAUAAAUUUCCUUCUGGUGACAGCUCAAGCCAACUGAAAAUUUCAAGGAUGCCAAACUGGGGAGGUGGAGCCAAAUGUGCUGCAUGUGGUAAAACAGUCUACCAUGCUGAGGAAAUUCAGUGUAACGGACGGAGUUUCCAUAAGACAUGUUUCCUCUGCAUGGGUUGCCGAAAAGCUCUGGACAGCACAACAGUAGCUGCUCACGAAUCAGAAAUUUACUGCAAAACAUGUUAUGGGAGGAAAUAUGGUCCCAAAGGAAUUGGCUAUGGGCAAGGCGCUGGCUGUCUCAGCACUGACACGGGAGAACAUCUGGGGCUGGAUCUACAGCAGCACUCACCAAAGCCAGCUCGUCCUUCUACCCCUACCAACCCUUCAAAGUUUGCCAAAAAGUUUGGGGAUGUAGAAAAAUGUCCUCGUUGUGGAAAGUCAGUAUACGCUGCAGAGAAGAUAAUAGGAGGAGGAAAGCCUUGGCAUAAGACUUGUUUCCGAUGUGCUAUUUGUGGAAAGAGUCUAGAAUCUACAAAUGUUACAGACAAAGAUGGAGAGAUUUAUUGUAAAGUUUGCUAUGCAAAGAAUUUUGGCCCUAAAGGAAUUGGAUUUGGUGGCCUCACUCAAGUUGAAAAGUUGGAAUAAGAUGCUUCGCACUUAGACCUAUCUAAAUAAGUAGCAAUGAAAAAUUUAAUUUCUUACACAGUUGUUAUAAUAUAUAGUGGGAAAUCAUUUUUGAAAAAGAGCAUUUCAUUCCUGAACAAGAGAACUCCAGAAUAUUGAGAUCUCAACUGUUCAUAAAUAAUUUCUGAAUCAAAAUUUUGGUUAUUUUAUCAAGGUAACUGCAUAGACAGACUUGAUGCUGUCAUUUUUACACUUGUGGUAAUUAAAGAAAACCCAAUUCCUAUUCUUUAUUAUAUAGUAUAUGCAACAUCAACAGCAUUUUGAAGAUGAUGCAUCAUGAAAUAUAGGCAUUUGAUUAUGAUUUGUCAGAAAGUAGUUUUAAUGGUAGUCUACUAUAAUCUCUACCUCUAUUGUUUUUUAAUUUUAACCGUCCCAAAGCUCUGUUGUCUUUUUUGGGAAAAGCAGAUCGGUUAUUCCACCUUUAAGCUUAUUCUACUGAAGACAGAGCUACUUAUAGAGGUGCUGUACUGCAUAAAAGAUAAACAUGUAAUUCAAUUGUGAGCACUAAGAUAAAUAUUUCAUUCAUCAGA